AAAAGCGCCUCUUCCGAUCCAGUCGUUCCCCACUUUUAAUCGGCAGAAACCUCCGCACGUCCAAUGGCCGACCGAUCCUGACAAUUUUUCCACCGCCCCACUCUCCAUAGGAUAAUUGUUUCAGAUCUGAUACUCAUGGCUACUUCUCAUAACUGUACGCCAAACUAUGAUAAUUUCCUCAUGUGGUAUCAGAAUUAUCAGAACUUAGAUUCUACUGCUUUGAUAGCACACACUAGUAAUUUAUCUGCUUGUCUCUCUCAAUCAUCUUCUCUUGGAUCUUGGGUCCUUGAUUCUGGUGCGUCUGAUCAUGUUACCGGUAAUAAAAAUCUUUUCUCUUCCUUCUCUACAUCCGGUUUCUUACCUACUAUAACUUCUGUCAAUGGUUCUCAAACCUGAUUUGAAGGGAUUGGUACUGUUCAAAUUCUACCUUCUCUUACGGUUACUUCUGUCCUCUAUGUACCUGAUUGUCCAUUUAAUUUACUUUCAGUCAGUCGUUUAACUCGUUCUCUUGAUUGUAGUGUCACCUUCACUAACAAUAAUGUUAUCCUGCAGGAUUGGAGUUCGGGACGGACGAUUGGUGUCGGAUAUGAGUCUCAAGGCCUUUAUUACCUCUCAGUGUCAUCUCAGACAUGCUCAGCCAAAGAUUCUCCACUCACUAUCCAUGCUCAGUUAAGUCAUCCCAGUCUUUCCAAACUACAUAAGUUGGUGCCAAAUUUAUCGAAGGUAUCUAAUUUACAUUGUGAGUCGUGUCAGCUAGGGAAACACACUCGUGGUCAGUUUCCCAAUCAAGUCAAUAAAAGAGCUUCGUCCCCUUUUGCUUUAGUUCACACCGAUGUAUGGGGUCCCUCGCGUACUGUCUCUACUCUUGAGUCUAGGUAUUUCGUCACCUUUAUUGAUGAUUUUUCACGUUGCACGUGGCUAUUUUUAAGGAAGAAUAGAUCUGAAUUAUUUUCUAUUUUUGAACAAUUCUAUCAAGAAAUAAGAAAUCAAUUCGGUGUGUCUAUCCGUACCUUAAGAAGUGACAAUGCCCGUGAAUAUUUAUCCCAACAAUUUUAGAAUUUUAUGUCAUCACAAUGAUAUUCUCCAUCAAACAUCUUGUCCUCACACACCUCAACAAAACGGGGUAGCCGAAUGCAAAAGUCGGCAUCUUGUAGAAACCACUUGGACCAUACUUCUCCAUGGUAAUGUUCCACUUCAGUUUUGGGGGGAUGUUGUGCUAACGACAUGUUACCUUAUAAAUCGCAUGCCCUCAUCUGUCCUUAACAAUAAAAUCCCUCAUUCAAUCAUUUUUCCCAAUUCUCCACUUCACCCAAUUCCUCCCCGAGUCUUCGGGUCCACAUGUUUUGUACACAAUCUCGCUCCUGAUCUUGAUAAACUCUCAGCUCGAUCAUUAAAGUGUGUCUUUCUUGGUUAUCAUCGAUCCAAAAAGGUUAUCGUUGUUAUUCACAUACUCUACAAUGAUACAUAGUAUCGGCCGAUGUCACCUUCUUCGAGUCAGUUCCAUAUUUCGAGUCCAGUCACGUAACUCUAGAACCCAUUCAAGAAAGUACUCCCACAUCUUUUUCGACAGUUAUUAAUGUCUCGCCUACCACUAUCCCCCAUCAGUCUAGGGCUCCUGACCCACCCACUUCUCGACCACUUCAAACAUAUCAGCGUCGUCACCCAACGCCUGUCGUCCCUGUCCCUGAAGUCAUACCUGUCCCUGAGGUCAUUGAAGACUCUCCUCCGACGCCUCCGCCAUCACCAGAUCUGAUCCUGCAACCUGAGUCCGAUCUUCCGAUUGCCCUUCGAAAAGGUGAAGCAUUAUCUCACCCUGAGUGGAGACAAGUAAUGAUUGAUGAAAUGUGUGCUCUUCAAAGCAGUGGUACCUGGGAACUGGUUCCUCUACCCCAUGGGAAAUCUUUAGUAGGUUGUCGUUGGCUUUAUACAGUGAAGGUUGGUUCAGAUGGUAAGAUUGAUCGAUUUAAAGCUCGCUUGGUAGCCAAAGGAUACACUCAGAUUUUUGGAUUGGAUUAUAAUGAUACCUUCUUGCCUGUAGCCAAGAUGUCAUUUGUUAGAUUUCUUCUAGCCAUUGCAGCCUUCGACAUUGGCCUCUUCAUCAACUUGACAUCAAAAAUGCUUUUUUACAUGGUGAUCUUGAAGAGGAAGUAUAUAUGGAGCAACCACCUGGAUUUGUUGUUCAGGGGAGUAAUCGAAUAUGGUGUGUAGGUUGCACAUGUCUCUUUAUGGUGGUCUUAAGCAAUCUCCGAGAGCUUGGUUAGGAAGAUUCAGCACUGUAGUACAAUAGUUUGGUAUGGUCCGUAGUGAAGCUGGCCAUUCUAUUUUUUAUCGUCACUCAGCCCAAGGGUGUAUUUAUCUUAUUGUGUAUGUAGAUGAUAUUGUCAUAACUGAUAGUGAUCAGCAGGGUAUACUCCAGUUAAAGCAACAUCUCUCGAAUCAAUUUCAGACAAAAGAUCUUGGUAAACUUCGUUAUUUCUUGGGUAUUGAGGUAGCCCAAUCUAAAGAUGAUUUGGUGAUUUCUCAGCGGAAAUAUGCUAUGGAUAUUUUGGAAGAAACAAGUUUGUUGAAUGCUAAACUAGCUGAUACUCCUAUGGAUCCAGGUGUCAAACUACUACCCAAUCAGGGGGAGCCUCUAUCUGACUCAGGAAGCUAUAGAAGAUUGGUUGGAAAGUUGAAUUAUCUCACAGUCACUCGUCCAAACAUUUCUUUUGCAGUUAGUGUGGUAAGUCAGUUCUUAAACUCCCCUUUUCAGGAACACAUGGAUGUUGUUAUCCGGAUUCUGAGAUACAUCAAAUGUGCUACAGGAAAAGGUCUAGUGUAUGAAAAUAAAGGACAUAGCCAGAUAGUUGGAUACUCCGAUGCUGAUUGGGCAGGGUCACCCAUUGAUCGACGACCCACUUCUGGGUAUUGUGUACUUGUUGGAGGAAACCUUAUAUUCUGGAAAAGUAAGAAACAAAACGUAGUUGCAAGAUCAAACGCCGAGGCAGAGUAUAUGACCAUGGCAAUGACAACAUGUGAACUUAUUUGGUUAAAACAGUUGCUCAAGGAACUUCAAAAUAAAGAAGCAAGAUCAAUGACACUUAUUUGUGAUAAUUAAUCUGCAUUGCACAUUGCUUCAAAUCCAAUCUUCCAUGAGAGAACCAAAUAUAUUGAGACAGACUGUCACUUUGUCAGAGAGAAAAUCGAAUCAGGUGACAUCGUCAUAAACUUUGUCAACUCUAAUGAUCAAUUGGCAGACAUGUUUACAAAAUCUCUGCGAAGCCCUAAAACUAAUUAUAUAUGUAACAAGCAUGGUGCAUUUGACUUAUAUGCUCAAGCUUGAGGGGGAGUGUUAAUAUUUGUAAAUAUAGUAUUAAGAAUGUUUGUAUAUCGAAUAGUCCCACAUCGA